AUGUCCUCCAUCCUGGAUGUGGAUGAGCAGCUCCAGCUUCUGACAUCAUUCCUGUGGCUGGACAUGGUCUGGGACAAUGACUUCAUCAGCUGGAACCCAGAGGAGUGUGGGGGCAUUCAGAGAAUCUCUAUGACAGCUCAAAACCUGUGGCUCCCAGACAUCUUCAUCAUAGAGUCUGUAGAUGUGGAUCAGACUCCAACAGGUCUCACUGUGUAUGUGAGUAAUGAAGGUCACAUCAAGUAUAAGAAACCAAUGAGGGUGACCACCAUCUGUAACCUGGACAUCUUCCGCUUCCCCUUUGACCAGCAGAACUGCACUCUGACCUUUAGCUCCUUUCUCUACACAGUGGACGACAUGCUGUUGGGCAUGGAAAAGGAAGUGUGGGAGAUUGUAGACACAUCGCGCAAUCUUACCAGGACCCAAGGGGAAUGGGAACUCCUGGGCAUCAGCAAAGCAACCCCAAAGAUGGCAAGAGUAGCCAUCAAACGCCGACCUGGCCUCUAUGUGAUAAACCUGCUAGUGCCCAGUGGAUUUCUGAUGGUGAUUGAUGCCCUGAGCUUCCUUCUGCCAGCUGAGAGUGGGAAUCGAGCCCCAUUCAAGAUGACCCUGCUGCUGGGCUACACCGUCUUCCUACUCAUGAUGAAUGACUUACUUCCCGCCAGUGGCAUCCCACUGAUAAGUGUAUACUUUGCCCUCUGUCUGACCCUGAUGGUAACCAGCCUGCUGGAGUCAGUCCUCCUCACCUACUUCUUACACAUGGUCACUACACAGCCCCCUCCCAUGCCAUCCUGGCUCCAUUCACUUAUGUUGAGAUAUAUCAAAGCUACAGAAUGCUGCAACAAGAGGUCUCUGAAAGAGAACAGGGGCCCUGGACCCAACUCCAUUCAUCUACCAGGUCUGAAGGACCCGGUGGCAAUGGCAAGAUGGGAGACAGGCCCAGCUAAGGCUGAGCUGAAUGGAGACCCACAAUCCACAUGGGCAGAGUCAGAACAACAGAUCCAGAGAAACAGGACCAUGGACAUGUGGGUGAAGUUCAGCCUUGCUCUGGACACACUGCUCUUUCGACUUUACCUGCUGUUCAUGAGCACUGCUUUAAUCACAGUCAUUGUGCUCUGGAGAAGCUAG